AAUUCCUCGUAUUCAAAAGUUUGUAGGCAAACUUUUUUUUCGCUUUUGUCUAGAGUCGCUGUCUCUCCAGACAAUCAUAUUGUGAUGACUUCCAAACGAUCACCGCCAUCUGCUGAGCCAGUGGUUGCUAGAUCACUGUGGCAAUCAUACAAAGCUCUUCCGGCCCGAACUCGACUAUACAUCUCAAUGGCUGUGUGCUCGGUGGGCGCAGUAGGAAUUUAUGUGUCCGACUAUUUGGAAAAGAAGUACCCAGUGGCGUCGCCAAGGACCCCGCCUACCCAUGUCGCGUCCCCACCGUCCCGGAACGCGGCAGGUACAGCAUGAACAGUCAUACAAAACGAUUGGGUGGAUAUUGAAUGUGAUAGUCGCUAAUCGUGGCGCGAAUUGAAAUUAAUUG